UCUUCUUCUUCUUCUUCUUCUUCUUCUUCUUCCCUUCCCGCAGAAACCCUAGAAAAAGGCUCAUCUGAAAUCGCCGACCGAAGUCCUCCGGCGACCGAAGUUCUCCGGCGAGAAUGGCGGCGACGUUCAAGGCGGCCUCCCGCUACAGCUCCUACGACUCCCGCUCCUCCACGUCGUCCUCCACUGAGCUCAAGCAGAAGCCCGGCAAAUCCCCCGCCCUCGCGCCUGCCUCCUCCUCGCGUGCCCUCGUCAGGGCCAAAUCGUCCGACCUCCCCUCCGGCGCGAAGAACCAGAACUUCGCGGACAUGGUGAAGAGAUUCAUGGGGAGGAAGUCGUCGUCGGCGGCGGCGGCGGCGGCGAGGGGGAAGCUGGGGAGCGCCAAUCUGGUGAUCCCCGUGGACGUGAUCGCGGAGGACCUGAAGAAGGGGGCGAAGGGCAGGAACCAGCUCGGGGUGCUGCCGAAGAAGCUGUUCGGAGGAGGGGGAUUGGAGAAGAAGGCGAAGAAAGAGGGCGUGAAGGCGCUGACGGAGGUCAAGGGCGGGGGGAGCAACGCGCGGACGCUGGCGAUGGUGUUGAGGAGCGAGAGGGAGCUUCUGAGCGCGAACAAGGACUUGGAGAUGGAGGUCGCCGAGCUCAAGUUGACGCUCGAGCAGAAGAACAGAGAAGUUGAGAAGUUGAAAGAUCUGUGCUUGAGCCAGAGGGAAGAAAUCAAGGCAUUAAAGAGCGCGGUACUUUUCCCUGACGUGACCAACAAUGAGCUUCAAGGACAAUUGGAAAAGCAAGGAACAGAAUUGAGGCAAGCCAAAAUGAUAAUCCCUGCUCUCCAGAAACAGGUCUCUUCUCUCACCGGCCAGCUCCAGUGCCUUGCCGAUGAUCUUGCUGAGGUGAAGGCGGAUAAAUUUUCUGCUAAGGCACGUUUUCAACACCAGAUAGGCGGCUCUCCAAGGACACCUAUAUAUAACCAAGAAGAAGCAGCUAAUUCUUUGGAGUUUAGCUCGAGUGAAGGAACAGCCCCUGGUAGUCCAGAUGACCUGUUCCUCAAGGACAUGAAUCCUUGUUUAACUCCCAAUGAUGGCAAGACAAGAUCGAAGGAAUUUGAAGAGGAACCAGAUUAUAAUUCUUCAAGAUACCUUGGCUUCUCUGAUGGUAAUAUGGAGACUUUCUAUGGAGCUGGUUUCAACCUUUGUCCCAAGAAGUUGUCCAGAAGUUCUGAUGGCUGCCAGAAACCUUGUACCAGCAACCGGAUGGCCCACACGGGUCGCAGAUAAGAUGGAAGUAAAUGCACAUACAGAAAACCCAUGCACCAGCAGUACUUCGGAGAUGUACUUAGAUUUCGGCCAUAGGUUUCUGCUUAAUGAUUUUCCCAAUGUUGCUUUUCAAUCCCUUCUUACAAGACGGACAUAAUUGUGCCAAUCUCUUGUACCAUACCCUGUUCUUCCCUUUCUAGCAAAGGGACGAAGCAUAUUGGCAGUAUCAGCUCAGCAUGUAUUAUCAUCUUGUCAAUUUAGUGGCCCCUUCCACAAAA